AGGAAGGUGCGAAUAGAAAAAGUGUUCUGAGAAACGGUAGCAAAAAGCAAGCUGAGGCUAAGUUAUCGGGCCGAAGGUGGUAUUGUGAUUGCUAGGGCACGGCGCAGGAAGAUGGUGAUUCUGAGGAGGAAUGAAGGAUAGUUUUGUCUUUGGGAAACACACGACACAGAACCACUUCGCUUUGCAUUCGCACCUUCUCCAUCCCAUUCUCAUUCUCUUUCCGUUACCUUCUUCUAUAUACCCUCUCCACGCGCACACAGACCCUAAAUCUCUUCAUUUUCUCAAUUUUAUUUAUUUUACUCAUAAAUUAAACAUUCAAAUUGCUGUUCCUGGAAUCCCUAUUCUGUUAUCCAUGGACGCCGAAGAUGACGAAGCUUCACUCCAACCACACUCUGAUGCACAAUGCCACACCGACAUGCAGAAUAUCCCCUACGCUGCCGCGGAAGUCCCCGAGCCCGAUACCGUAGGGGAGCUGAGCGCAGCCGCCGCCGUCCAUGAGGUCGCCGCUGUUGAACCCGAUGCGACGAUGGAGGCGGCGGUUGAGUCCGACGAGGGCGUCGGAGCGCAAGUGAUGGACGAGGUAAUUGAGGAGAAGGGGGAUGAGGUCACCGAUGUGGAUGACGUGGCGUUGGAGAUGGAGAACGUCGAAGAGGAAGGGAAUUUGGCAAUUGAUGCGGAAGAGGACGAAAUUGGGGACGAAGACGCGAACGAAGACGCUUUGAUGGAAGAAGAAGAUGACGAACAGCAACAAGGGGAGGAGGAGGAGGAGGGGGAGGAGGAAGAAAAACAGCAACAAGGAGUGGAGGAGGAAGAAGAGGAACAGCAACAGGGUGAAGAGGAGGAGGAGGAGGAAGAAGAAGAAGAACAUCAACAAGGAGAAGAAGCAGAAGAAGAUGCUGAUGCUGGAAUGGCAAAAACAGACGAUACAGAGGAGAAGGAGGAGAAGAGUGUGAGUGGUGGGAAGAGGAAGCGUGGAGCUGGGAAGAAUGCUAAGACUACAGGGAGAGUUGCGUCCAGGAAAAAGACGGAAGAGGAUGUUUGUUUCAUUUGCUUUGAUGGAGGUGACCUUGUGCUUUGUGACCGCAGGGGAUGUCCCAAGGCUUACCAUCCUUCCUGCGUUAAUCGUGACGAGGCAUUCUUUCGAGCCAAGGGAAAGUGGAAUUGCGGUUGGCAUCUUUGCAGCAACUGUGAGAGGAAUGCAAACUAUAUGUGCUAUACAUGUACUUUUUCUCUGUGCAAGGGAUGCAUCAAAGAUGCUGUUAUUUUAUGUGUCAGGGGAAACAAGGGAUUUUGUGAGACAUGCAUGAGAACUGUAAUGUUGAUUGAACAGAAUGUGCAGGGAAGCAAUGUGGGACAAGUAGAUUUUGAUGACAAAAACAGCUGGGAGUAUCUCUUCAAGGACUACUACAUAGAUCUAAAAGAAAAACUAUCUCUAACAUUUGAUGAAAUCUCUCAAGCUAAAAACCCUUGGAAGGGAUCUGAUAUGCUUCAUUCUAAGGAGGAAUCACCUGAUGAACUUUUUGAUGCCACUAAUGAUAGAGGAUCAGAUUCUGAUAGCUCCUAUGAAAAUGAUUCCAAUCGCCCUAAAAGAAGAAAGGCAAAGAAACGGGGUAAGCCCCGUUCCAAAGAAGGAAAUUCGAAUGGUGCAGUGACAGUGUCUGGUGCUGAUGGGCCAUCCGGAGAUGACAGCUCUGAGUGGGCUUCAAAAGAGCUUCUGGAGUUUGUUAUACACAUGAGAAAUGGAGACAAAUCUGUUUUAUCUCAGUUUGAUGUGCAGGCUCUUUUGCUUGAGUAUAUUAAAAGAAAUAAGCUUCGAGAUCCUCGCCGAAAAAGUCAGAUUAUAUGUGAUGCGAGACUUCAAAAUCUUUUUGGUAAACCAAGAGUGGGACAUUUCGAGAUGUUAAAGCUUCUUGAGUCCCAUUUCCUUCUAAAAGAGGAUUCUCAGGCCGAAGAUCUGCAGGGAAGUGUUGUUGACACCGAAGUUAGUCAUUUGGAAGGAGAUGGGAAUCCCAAUUCAUAUACGAAAGCUGGCAAAGAUAAGAAGCGGAAAAAUCGCAAAAAGGGUGAUGACAGAGGACUUCAAACUAAUGUUGAUGAUUAUGCAGCUAUUGAUAACCAUAAUAUUAAUUUAAUUUAUCUACGACGAAAUUUGGUUGAAGAUCUCCUUGAAGAUACAGAGAAGUUUCAUGAUAAAGUUGUUGGUGCUUUUGUGAGAAUAAGAAUUUCUGGUAGUGGUCAGAAGCAAGACUUAUAUAGGCUGGUUCAGGUUGUAGGUACAUGCAAAGCAGCAGAGCCAUAUAAAGUUGGUAAAAGGAUGACAGAUACGUUGCUAGAAAUCUUAAAUUUAAACAAGACAGAGAUUGUAUCUAUUGAUAUUAUCUCAAAUCAGGAGUUCACAGAGGAUGAAUGCAAACGUCUCCGCCAAAGCAUUAAGUGUGGUCUCAUAAAUCGGCUAACUGUGGGUGACAUACAGGACAAGGCACUGGUGCUUCAGGCAGUUAGAGUAAAAGAUUGGCUAGAAACAGAGAUAGUGCGGCUGAGUCAUCUCCGCGAUAGAGCCAGUGAGAAAGGACGCCGGAAAGAGCUCAGAGAAUGUGUAGAGAAACUGCAGCUUUUGAAGACACCUGAAGAACGUCAACGUAGGUUGGAGGAAAUUCCAGAGAUACACGUGGAUCCGAACAUGGAUCCCAGUUAUGAAUCUGAAGAAGACGAAGAUGAAAUGGACGAUAAAAGACGAGAAAACUACAUGAGACCUAGAGGGUCUACUUCCUUUGGAAGGAGGGGGAGAGAUAUUGCUUCUCCUAGAAGUGUUUCUAUUUCAAAUGAAUCUUGGAGUGGAACAAGGAAUUAUUCAAAUACGAAUCAGGAACUUGGCAGAAAUUUGUCCAAUAAGGGUUUUUCAAUCAAAGGUGAAAAUGCUUCUAAUGUUAAUGAGGUACUGAAUGAUACUCAUUUGCUCCAGGGAAGAGAUAGGGAAUCACAACUAUCUAAUAGCUGGGAGAGGCAAAAACUCUCUUCAAGCUUGGAAAGUGGUGCCAAAAGUACCCAAUCAUUGGUAACAUCUGAUUCUUUCUCCACUGCUGUAUUGGAAGCUUCUGCAGCACCAUCUUCCGCUGGAAUAACUCCUUCAACUUUGAAAAUUAAUGAAACUGAAAAGAUGUGGCAUUACCAGGAUCCUUCCGGAAAAAUUCAGGGACCAUUUUCUAUGGUGCAGUUACGCAAAUGGAGCAACACAGGAUACUUUCCCGCUGAUUUGAGGGUUUGGAGAACCACUGAGAAGCAAGAUGAUUCUAUACUCGUGACUGAUGCCUUGGCAGGGAAUUUUUCUAAAGAACCAUCGAUGGUGGAUAAGGCUCAAAAGGUGCAUGAUUUACAUUACCCAGCCUCGUACUCUAGGAAGUCUGCUCAGGGUAUGGAAGGUCAAGCUGGAGAAAGACCAACAUUUGAUCAAAAUAGUGGAUCUUUGAAUUCACAUAGUACUCUGGGUUCUCCGGCACAAACCACAGGAGGAAGUUGGAGAUCUAAAGAUAAUAUGAAUUCUUUAGCAAGUAGACCCUCUCCAUUGGCAGUUGAGGUCCCCAAGAACCCUGCAAACGGCUGGGGUUCUGAUGCUGGUAGUAGAAAUGAAACAACAAAUCUUCCUUCACCUACACCUCAGACUACCCCUGGUGUGUCUAAGGGGCAGGCUUUUGAAAAUAAAUGGUCACCAACACCUGUCCAGUUGCCUGGGUCUCUCGUAGGAAAUUCAUUCCCAAGCAAUCAUGGAGGUUUGCAGGCCUCUUUGGUAGUGCACCCAGAGCAUGCUGUGCAAAAUCCUGAAAAAGGCUCUUCACAACCCGGUAUUAGUUCAGUGUCUUCAGAUAAUUCUAGGUUACAUCCUCAACCAGCACCGGUGGCACCUGUUCUGCAUUCAGGGCUUGACCUCAAAAUGGCAGGUACAAAUAUGCAAAACCAGGUUGUGCUUAGCCACAACUCUCAUGCAGAAGCUCAAGGGUGGGGUUCUGCUGGGGUUCCAAGGCCAGAACUGCAGGCUUGGGGAGGUGUAUCAUCCCAACCAAAUUCUGCUACUAUGCCUGCCCAGCCAGCAUCCCAUGGCCCCUGGGUUGAUGCUUCAUCUGUGCAGAACACUGCCUCUUUUAACACUGGAAAUCCAUCUGCAGGUUUACCCACACCUGGGUUUCUGGGCAUGAAUACACCCGAGCCUUGGAGACCACCAGCUUCAAGUAGUCAGCCAAACAUCACAGGUCCUUCUCCAGCUCCACCCAAUAUGCCUUGGGGAAUGGGCAUGCCAGGAAAUCAGAAUAUGAACUGGGGUGGCGUUGUACCUGCUGCCAAUAUGAACGCAAACUGGAUUCCUACGCAGGGGCCAGCACCAGGAAAUUCAAAUCCAGGAUGGGCUGCCCCUAGUCAGGGUCUACCUCCAGUGAAUGCAGUUGGCUGGGUUGGACCUGGUCAAGGCCGUUCCCAUGUAAAUGUGAAUGCAGGAUGGGUUGGGCCUGGUCAGGGUGUACCACCUGGAAAUGCCAACCCUGUUUGGGUUCCACCGGCAGGGAAUCCAGGCGUGUGGGGAAGUGAGCAAAGUCAUAAUGGAGACCGGUUCCCCAACCAAGGGGAUCGAGGUAGCCAAAGUAGAGAUUCUGGUUAUGGUGGUAAAUCUUGGAACAACAGGCAAUCAUCAUUUGGCAGAGGAGCUCCUUCCAGGCCUCCUUUUGGGGGACAACGAGGAGUUUGCAAGUAUCAUGAGAGUGGACAUUGCAGGAAGGGGGAUUCUUGUGAUUUUCUACACAAUUAGUUGUAGGGCUCUAAUUAAUUAGUGGCAGAGAAACAUCUCUUACUGUACAGUAUUUUGCAUUUUCAUGGCUAAACGUUGUACAAGGAUGCGUCAUGUAUGUAGAACUUGUGCAUUGUAGUAUCUUGUUUAUUUGCCUUGCCUAAUUGUCUUUUUGGGGCUGUCUUUCUUGGAGUUGUCUGUCUUAUGCGAGAGUUAAGUAGUUGAAGAAGUUAAACUGGCAUUUAGAUUAUUGAUAAUGAAAGAUAGUUGAGGUUACCUU